AAAAAAAUCAAUCAUUAUUUUAAAAUUUUUAUAAUUAAAAAUAAUGAUAGUAAUAAUAAUUAUUCGUGCUAAUCAAGAGUUAUAGUCGAAUUCGCUAAGUAGUUUCAUACUGGACGCAUCUCUCCUAUUAUAAUUAUAAAAGUAAUACAAAAAUUAUAACAAUUUUAGAUUGAUCAUGCCUUAAUUACCAUUCAUAUCUCGAAAAUCUUAAAUCAAGACCCUUCCUCGUCUUAAUCAUUAUUCAGUUCUUGCAUUUUUGCCUUUAUCAAUUUUAAAGUCAGUCCAGUAGUCGUUCAAGAUAUGCAACGAUUCUUAGAUUUUUGCAGUGUUUUAUAUUUACGUUGAACAUACGAUUACGCCGUGGCCAAACAUUUGUUAUUCCUACUUUUCCAAAUAACCGAAAGUCCGACUUAAUUACUACACUCCGGAAUGGCAAUUCUAAGUAAGCCGAAAAUCUGCAGUAAUUGUCCAAAUCCCUCGAACAAUACUCCAGCCGUCUCGCCACUGAUCGUAAACCAAACAAAGUAACCAGCGAGUGCCACGCCCCCUCUGAAGUUCCCCGACCGCGCAGACGUGUGCGCCAUCCACCGAGUUGCCGGCGCGCCGAUUUUUACUACCGGCGCCCGGCGCAACGGUGUAGAGCGUAGACACAGGCACCGAACCCUUUUUUUUUAGGCUGGAAAAUCUCUCGAUCGGCUUUCUUUGCCCGGAACGACGCGCAUCGCUAUUGCGUCGGGAAAGAAGCUGUCGUCGCCAGAUUUCGAAGUGGCAACGUCGUCAGUCUGCUAUCGCUGUUCGGAGGAUCGUCGAGUGAGUUGCCGCUGGGAAAAAGCAAGUGUAGUUCGUGUUCGAGGAACGUUCGCGAUUUCUACGGAAGUGCUUAUCGUCAAGCUGAUAUUUUGCGGAUUGUGCAGAUUGUUGCGACUCGUUGCGGCAACUCCAAUCGAAACACAAUGGCGCCAAAUAAGAGAAGCUUCGACGCGAUGCAAUGCGGUGCGGCCUCGCAAUGCCAGAAUACGCAAAAAAAGAACAGGUCAUCUACUGGUGCUGAAAAUAAUAAUAGGAGCGUCACAUUCUCCUCUCAGGCACCCAUGAGUCAAUUCAAUAACGGAAAUGAGACAGCUCUCGUGUCGGCGCAGCUGCCAGAUAACGAGAAACUCGUUAAUACCAAGGAAUUUCAGAUUACCUCUACAACCAUGGGCAGAUAUCUUGCUUGUGGUGAGAAAGUUCACUUGUAUCCGGAACCCAAUGAAUUUAGGAUUCGGAUUUUGAAUAUGGACUACAAGAACGGCAGGGGUAUGAGAAACUUUGUGGAGUUUAGCAAGGCCAGCCUUGACGAGCUCAUAUGCCAUGCAUCAGAGAUUGAACGUUUAGUCGGUGAGAAGCUCCUACAUCGCAAUGAAGUGUUCCAGCAUCUAGGUCUAUCAGUUUGGAUUGUACCCGACAUCCGAGCUGGUUGUAAUGUAAUCGAAUUUCGCAGCGACAAUUGUUUUAGUCAAAUGGUCUUUAAUACCUUUCGUAAAAUGAUCAACUUCAAGGACCAAGUAGAUCGCGAGUAUUUUGUUUUUGAGAGAAAACUUAAACGAGAUAAAGAAAUCUAUAAAAAUAUGCUUAAUAUGUUUGCCUAUCUGACCAAUGAAAAUAGGCCAAACACUGCUGGAGUCAAAGAACCUCCAGAAACAAACCAAAGAGCAAUCAUAAAUACCUGCAACACUUUGUGGAAGCAGAUUGGAAAGCUUGUUGAUAAAAAUGCUAAUACCCAAUAGAAAUAGAGAUUUUCUACUCAUUAUUUUCCAUUUUUCGUUGUAGUUAUGUAUACUUAUAGAAAAAAAUUUACUUAUCGAGGAUCACAUCUUGGCUACGAUUAUGUUUAGUAAUAUCAUAUUUUAAAAAUUGCAAACAAGGGAAUUAUAUAUAACUCUUAUUUGAAUUACUAGCUACACCUUAAAAUGACUUUGCCAUGAUGUGUACGAGGUCUAAACACUUAUGUAAGUUAGUGCUCGUAGAACUUUGUUCCUAUUUUUUAGGAUAAGAUUACGUAACUUCUGUUUUUGUAUUCUUCGAUAACGAUUAUUUUUAUUUUUAUAUUGAGAACUAGGUUGCACAAGUGCAAUUAAAAAAAUCAGUUUGUUAAUGUAUCAUUCGAAAGCAGUACUUAUUGCUUACUAAGAUUUUUCUUAAUUUGAUAGCUUUUUGUUGUGCAUGCUUUUGUACACAUUUGUACAAUCACUUUGUAAUACUUGUAUGUACGUAUAGUUCCCAUAAGAAAAGACUGUUAUAUUACGACCAAGUAAUGUAUGUGAAAUGCUUGAAUGCACGAAUGUCCAAAUGUUAUUGAAUGUUAAAAAUGUUCUUAUAGAUGUAAUAAAUAAAUCAGCUCAGCGCAUAAAAUUUUCUGUUAAAUGCGCCAUCGCCUAUCCAAUCCGAAAACCUAAAAAGUCAUUAAUUUCUAUGCACAAAAUAUUUCGUGAAACUUUUAGAAUCUCGGAAAUUUUCGUGCUUGUAAGGCCAGGUAGGAAAAUUUUUUCUCCGAGGUCACGGCGCCAUUGUUUUCAGUGCUCAAAUCCUGGAAUAUUCAGAAGUAAGGGAAAUUUCCGUUACAACCCCUGGUCAAAAGUACGCUCCCCUCAUGGGAACCAAGCUCUAUAGCCAGGUACCGAGAGGGGAGAGACGCGCAUAGAGCUAAGUCUCUCUCUCUCUUCUCCCAAUCGGCUUCCCCUCCCUCCAGUCGGACGAGCUGUCGAGUCGGGUCUUUGGCGCGCAUUCUCUUGCGCGCUGUUGCGCGGCAGCUUCAUUGUGCGGUGUGCACGACGCUAGCUCUCGGAUCGCCUGCCUCGCCAUUCAAGGCGUGUGGCGUCGUCUCCGAGGAAGCUGACAUCUACACAUCGUCGACAUGCUGCGGUGUUGUGAUUCAAAUAAAAUGGUGGAACGCACGAGGAAGGGCAGUCUCGCAAGAUUUAAAGCCACUGCAACUGCAUUCCGAUGAGUAUACAUCUAGUUCUAAGCUGAGAAAGUCGAUUUUAUCAUCCACACUUCACACAAGACUGGCGUCAAUCGUCUAGCCUGGAAAUCGACUAUACGAAUUGCAAUGAGCAGUUAUACGUAACUUUAUACACGGAGAGAAGAAACUGCAUAUCAACAAACUUCACUGCAUAACAGAAUCAUGGUGAAAUCAUGACCUUCAUCUUUUUUCUACUGUGUUGAGCACCGAAUUUUCUUUCCAACCUAAUGGAUUGGAAAGUUCAUGCAGCACAUUUUCUAUUGAAUAUCCACCUUUCAAUGCGAGCCUCCUAGGAGUUGUAAGUUUGUAUUUCAUAUUCGCAGCGUAGGGACCUAGGUUUCUCAACUGACAUCAUCUUAUAACGCCCUUUAUUAUCCUGCUGACUAGAUGUGGUCCGUAAACGAUGCAUUAAUACAUAACGUGCACUCUGAGAAGUAAACAAGCCAUUCAGAACUUGCUCAGUACGAGUUCAUAUCGCUAUGUUUCUUACUUAAUUUAUUCGUACAUUCCUUCUAAUUUCUCACUUAAGAGAAAAUUUCUUUCUAUUCAAAUUUAAAUUUAAAUUUCUUUGAUUUAGCUCUUUCAAAAAUUAGUACGGCUGUGAUAUUUUUUUGUAAAUUGAAUAUUAAGUUAAUUGUUAACCUUUAAACACGUUUUACUUCGUUAAGCUGCUUGAAUGUUUUAUUCUAACUUGUUAUAAGAAUCGAAAUUGCAGGUCACUCUAAGUGUAUCUAUUCAAAUUUAACUUUUCUAUUUCAUUCUCGAACGUUCUAAUGCGUUCACAAUCUUCGUAAACUAAACUUUAAACGUAAAUAUUGAUUAACAUGAUGUUACAAAUCAGCUAAUCGUCAUUUAAAAAUAAACAUGUGUUAAGCUGUUGUUGUUUAAAUUUUAAUUGUCUUGUAAAAAGAUGGAAAUCUCAGGUUAGCCCAUUUUUAAAAAAAAGUUUAAGAAAAGUUUAAAUCUGGUUCUAUGAACCAAAAGUUAAAAACCAUUUAAUUAUCUUGUAAAAAGAUGAAAAUCUCAGGUUAGCCCAAUUAUUAAAAAAGUUUAAAGGCGAUAAAUUUUCUCUUAUCUCGGCAUCAUUUAUCAAUUUGGACUGGAUAAGUUUUGAUUUUUAAACACUUAACUCGUCAUUUAAAAAUAAACAUGUGUUAAGUUGAUGUUGUUUAAAUUUUAAUUGUCUUGUAAAAAGAUGGAAAUCUCAGGUUAGCCCACUUUCAAAAAAAGUUUAAGAAAAGUUUAAGAAAAGUUUAAAUCUGGUUCUAUGAACCAAAAGUUAAAAACCAUUUAAUUAUCUUGUAAAAAGAUGAAAAUCUCAGGUUAGCCCAAUUAUUAAAAAAGUUUAAAGGCGAUAAAUUUUCUCUUAUAUCGGCAUCAUUUAUCAAUUUGGACUGGAUAAGUUUUGAUUUUUAAACACUUAACUCGUCAUUUAAAAAUAAACAUGUGUUAAGCUGUUGUUGUUUAAAUUUUAAUUGUCUUGUAAAAAGAUGGAAAUCUCAGGUUAGCCCACUUUCAAAAAAAGUUUAAGAAAAGUUUAAGAAAAGUUUAAAUCUGGUUCUAUGAACCAAAAGUUAAAAACCAUUUAAUUAUCUUGUAAAAAGAUGAAAAUCUCAGGUUAGCCCAAUUAUUAAAAACGUUUAAAGGUGAUAAAUUUUCUCUUAUCUCGUCAUCAUUUAUCAAUUUGGACUGGAUAAGUUUUGAUUUUUAAACACUUAACACGUCAUUUAAAAAUAAACAUGUGUUAAGUUGAUAUUGUUUAAAUUUUAAUUGUCUUGUAAAAAGAUGGAAAUCUCAGGUUAGCCCACUUUCAAAAAAAGUUUAAGAAAAGUUUAAGAAAAGUUUAAAUCUGGUUCUAUGAACCAAAAGUUAAAAACCAUUUAAUUAUCUUGUAAAAAGAUGGAAAUCUCAGGUUAGCCCAAUUAUUAAAAAUGUUUAAAGACGAUAAAUGUUCUCUUAUCUCGUCAUCAUUUAUCAAUUUGGACUGGAUAAGUUUUGAUUUUUAAACACUUAACUCGUCAUUUAAAAAUAAGCAUGCGUUAAGCUGAUAUUGUUUAAAUUUUAAUUGUCUUGUAAAAAGAUGGAAAUCUCAGGUAGCCCAUUUUCAUAAAAUGUUUAAAAAAUUCUAAUUUAAUGCUUAUUAAUUAUCAAACAUCAAUUAUUGGAUGUUAUGAGAAGUUGGACUUUUCUUUCGACUUCAUUUACCAAUUUUGUAGCGUUUUUAUGGUAGUUUUACACUACUUAACUCGAUUAUUUUGUUAUUUAUUCGAGUCUGUCUGCCUGACACUAUACAGUGCCGCGAGAAAAUCUGGUAGGAAUUGUAACUCUACGACCUACGAUUUGAUUUUCUAAUGACCAAAAUUCGUCAUUUAAGAACAAAUAUCUAUGCAGUAAACAAAAAGGUCUACAUUAUUACAACAGUUAGCGAAUUAAUACCUAUUUUAUUUUAAGCUAAAAAAAUAAUGAAAAUGUAACGAUAAACCUUCUAUCUGAUUUGAAGAGGGGCAAAAAUAUUACUCUUAUCAAUUGUAUCUUAUACUUAAGAAUACACAGUUAUUAUUAUUAUUAGAUAAUUUAUGUAAAUGCGUUUACCCAAACAAUGUAGUAAUAGAAUUAUAUUUGGUAAUUUGCAAUUCAUUAUGAGAAAUUGGUAAUUAUGUGAACCUUACUUGAAAAAAACGAAUAAAUGACACGUAUCUAUA